AUAAGUUCAUGUCAUAAGAACAUAACUUAAUGGAAUACGACGAGGAGUCUCCGGCUAUCAAUCGGUAUAACCUAUACGUUACAAAGUUCCUCUUCAUUUCAUUUAUAGCUAUUCAUCUUACCUUAUAAGGAAAAACUCGUUUAAUCUGUAAACGCUUCGUUCCCUGCAUCUGAGGUAAAAUAUUUAAAUUAAAACAAUGUCUGAUCCUCGUAUAAGAACUCUAAAAAUUAAGACUGGAGUUGUGAAACGUCUCGCGAAAGAAAAAGUCACUUACGAGAAAGAAGCAGCACAGCAACGUGAAAGGAUACAAAAAUUAAAGGAACAGGAUAAAGAUGGUUAUGAUAUAAAAAAGCAAGAAGAAGUACUUCAAGAAUCUCUCAUGAUGAUACCAGAUUGUCAACGACGUCUUGUUAAAGCUUUCGAAGAACUUAAAAAAAUUUUAGACACAGAACAAGAUUUAAAAGAGGUUGAAGAUUAUAUAGAAGCAGAAAAGGUAUUGCAAGGUGCAGAAGCUCAACUUCCCAAAGAAGGAGAAAUUAUGGAGAUGUGUUAAAAAAACAAAGCCUAUUGAGUUCUUUAAGAUAUUGUCGAAAAUUGAAAGAACUAUAUUUUCAUGUAAGAUAAUAUAAGAUUUGUAAACGAGUUAAAAUAAUCAUUUCAUACGUAAAGGAAGUGAUAGUAUUAAGGUAUAUUAUAUUUUUUGAAAUUAAAUAACUUGAAAUUAAGAAAUUAAGUAACUUGGAACAAUUAUGUUUAAUAAUCAAAGUCGUUUAGAGGAUGCUACACAAAGUUGUAGGGAUUCAUGCUACAAUAUGUCUUAUCCAAUAGAU